AUGUUUCGUGCCGUUACAGCACUGUGUGUGAUCGCGGUAUGUUUGGUGAGCUUUGAACAAGUGGCCUGUCACCGGCAUGGUUGGAACCGUCACGGGCAACACGGCCAUCAUCAGCACCAUCAUGGACAUUCCCGUCAUCAUCACCACCGUCAUGGACUGUUCUUGAGUAUGGACAUUUACGAACCAAAAGGAUUGGAGAUAUCUACAAAGAAAUAUAACAGCACAGCACAAUACUUUGGCUUUGACAUGUUCAUCAAUAACCCGGACGGUGUCACUCCGGAUGUUUCCCACAAUACGACGAACGUGACAUAUGGGAAGUAUAUCGUGCGCGACACGGAGGUCAUCAUAAAACCGGGUGAUAUUCUUAACAUCACGUUCUUCAUGGGAUUCUCCGAUGGAGGUGAAAUUAAUUCAACUGCCAUAAUGCCGGUAUACCGACAUAUGAUUAAAAACAACUGUACCUGUGGGAAUGAGGCUGACCGAGAAGCUCCGUCGACACCUCCCGUCAAAUCGAUCCCUCCCUGGUCACGUGCUACAACUAUUCCACCACGCGCAACAUCCACACGCCGACCAACACCGCCACCGAUGCGCACAACCGUUCCGGUUACAACUACAGAAAGUUCAAAUUGGCAACAGUCCACCAAUGAUUACUCGGAUGAGCUCUUUGACUGUGAGAUCGAUCCCACCACCAACCUCUGCUCGUACAACUCACUAAUAGAUGUACGGGGCAUUGUAGGAUCCCAGCGUCAGCCGCAAAAACUCGUCAACCACCCUGACAGAGAUGUGAAUAUGAACGUUUUCAUGGACAUUUUCAACGCGGUAAUCGACCAGUGUAGAGCUAAACCACGCACCAACUAUCUCACACUGACCAGUCCCGUUUAUUCGACCGAUGCGUCCAUCGAUUGGGUCGGCUACGUACGCAAAACGCUAAAGGAAAGGCUCAACCUUACCCGGCUGGCGGACAAAGCCUUGGUAGAUGCACAACCGAGCGGAACCGCGAUCGUGUUCGAGAUGGACACACUGUUCAACAAGCUGCAGGUGCUUUAUUACGCACGAAAACUCGGUAUGACGUCGCUGAAAGAUUACGACGAAUUAUAA